AUGGAGUAUUUGCAGCUUUCACCGACUGAGGUGGAUGACACGGUGCGCCGAUACGCAAAUGUACUGCUUGCACGUUGGUCGGGUUCGCUGAAAAGCUUUGUUGCCAACAAAAAACGUACAUUAAUACAGCUUGUGCAAAUAACAAUCAAUAUCGGGUACCUGGAAAAGUCGUGUGAUUCGCUGGAACAUUACAUCAGCAAAUUAACCAAUCGAAAUAAUGGCUCGGGCAGCACUACGGGGCACUUGGUUACACUGAAGGAUCAAGUUUUCCGGGAUGCGCGUUCGGAGGUCGAACAACAGAUUGACGACGCAUUACGAGACAAAGUUGAUGCAUUUCUCGACCUUGGUUUGUUUUUGUAUUUAGCGGUUGUGCAGAAAUGCUGGUUUCAGUAA